CCAUCUAGCAAUAUGGCUGUCUAUCGUCCCGCGGGUGCGCCGUUCAAUCACGAGAGCGCAGACGUCAUCCUCAGGACGACAGACGACGUCGACUUUCGCGUGCACAAAGGCAUCCUCGCGAUCGCCUCGCCAUUCUUCAGCGACAUGUUCGCUCUAGGCCAAGGCGCAACCGACCGACCUCUAACGACUAAAGUACAACCCGAGGAGCAAGAAGGCAACUUGCAAGUAGUCCCGAUGCUCGAGGAGAACAGCGAAGUCCUGGACAAGCUGCUUCGCCUUUGCUACCCCGUGCCAGCGCCCGAUAACAAGGCGCUCGACGAGCUUACGCCCGUACUCGCAGCGGCCCUGAAGUACCAGCUGGAGCACGCCGCCGAGCGCUUGAAGAGUGACCUCGUAUCGCCCAGGUUCAUGCGGGACGAGCCCCUGCGCGUGUUCGCCAUCGCGCGGCGAUACAACCUGGACAAGGAAACGACGGCAGCGAUCCCGCACGUCCUUCGACAGGGCCUUCCAGGCCCGUACGUCGACGAGCUGAAAUACAUCCCCGCGUCCGCCAUCCACCGGCUAUGGGAGGUGCGGCGGCGCGCUACGAGCCUCGCGGCGUCCCUGGCGUCCGACUUCCAGUGGCUCACGAACAACAAGGCUAUCAACAGGACGUGGGUCUUCUUUCUAUGUACCGUGUGCGCUGCGAGCGACGUGACGAUCGCCAUCGACGGGCGAGAAAUAAGACCGCGGGCGUGGUGGAAGGAGUACAUGCGCCGCGCGGAACAGGCUCUGAGGGAGACGCCUGCAGGGUCGGUCGUGACGUCCUCCACUGUGCUGUGGCCGUCCUUCAAGGCUAUGGGCACAUGCGCUACGUGCGGGUCUGGUCGAGGCGUCGAUGAUCUCAGAGAGUUCAGUGAGAUUUUUGCUGCAAGGAUAGACAGAACAAUCAUGGAGGUCUGCGCAUCUUCCAUCCCUAUAACCAUUCCCAACCUGCUCACUGACGAGAGCAUGGCCUUUCAUAUGCAGAUCGCAGACGGAACCAAGUGGGAUUAA